GCGAAACCAGUCAGACCAGUACACAACAGAGAGAACAUGGCAUCCGACCGGACCGGUACCCAACCUGGAGAAAGCGGGGACGUUCAUUUAUUAGAUGAAGAUCCGCUUGAGGAAUCCAGCGGGGGGCAUGCCCCCAAAAGACAUGCCCGGGUUACGGUCAAAUACAACCGCAAAGAGCUGCAGAGACGCCUCGAUGUGGAGAAGUGGAUUGAUGAGCGUCUUGACGUGCUCUACUCUGGUCAGGAAGAAGAUAUGCCUGAAGAGGUGAAUAUUGAUGACUUCAUUGACCUUCCUGAUGAUGUGGAACGUGUUCAAAAACUGCAGGAGCUUCUUACAAAGUGUAACAAAGACACUGAGACCUUCGUCAGAGAGCUGGUGGAGAAGCUACAGGGAGUUCAUAAGGAGGAAGAGCUGCAGAGUGAAGGCGUGGAGCAUCCCGUCAUCGCUCACAGCCACCAUCGCCAUGAACCUUAUCACUUCAACAAACCACACCAUUUCCACCAAGGCCAGAACCAGACCCUUUGACGAGCUGCCCCAACCUCCAUUAUAUAUACACACAGUCAUUCAAAACCCAUAACACUCAUGUAUUUAAUGAUCCAUAUGAUUUGGUUUGUCAAAUCCUUGCCAGUGGAUAUACAAAACAGUUGUGCUUGGAGAAUUUGGUUUCUGACUGCCAAUGACGUGCUUGUGGCACAGUGCGAGAGAAGAAACAAGUUCAAACUUAUUACCGUUAUUUCUAAACUAUUAUUCAUUUAAAAGUGUAGUCAAAUAGAAUGCAUGUAUAUUUUGACACAUCCAUCAUCAUAGUCAUGAUUCAAUUGUGUUUCUUCAAGUCUAUUAAAAUGAAACCACCAAGCUA